AUGCCGGUGGGACAGUGGCUGACUGGGCGCGCUGCAAAGAACCGAGAAGAUCCGGUGGAGCCGUUCGGCUGGCGGAUCCCCCCUCACGCAGGCUCCUUCCUGCGCGGGUCUGGAAAACCUGCAAGGAUAGAGAUCCUUACACCUUUCUGGGAAGAAGACCAAGAUCAGGAUGCCAUAGGUGGAAAGAAGACUAUUAAUUGGACGUUUCUUUCUCUUUCCCAAAUUACUGCUUUGUCAGAACAAAAUGUAGAAGGAGUUCAAAGAAAACUGGAAGAAUUUCUGGAUUUUAAACAAUUAAAGACAUCUUUGAAAGAAGCUAUUUUGCUAGAUUAUUAUACUGCAGGAUUUUGGUGGGCUAAAGAAAUGAACUUCAGUCUUAUACAGCUCUCAGGAUUCAUGGAUCUAUUAAAUUUCCUGUUGGAGAACCUCAGUGACAAACAUAUGACCUUAGUAGAUAAUUUAAAAGAACUUGGAAGAGCACUGGCUGGAAUAGGAGAAACUGAUUCAGAAAGAAGUGGUGACUUGAAUUUCUUCAGCAUUGAGCAAGCCAAAGCAGUCAUUGAUUACUUGAAUAUCAGCUUAUUUAAACACUAUAAACUAUAUGAAUACCUCUUCCACAGUCAUGGAGAAGAACUUGUGAUAAGUAAUGAGAAUGUGAUUGAACUUGCCCAACCUGCAGUUCCCCCCUUCCCUGCUCUGCUGGAGGAAGGCAUACCUUCGGAUACCUAUUCGCCACUCAUAGCAUCACUAACAGCUGCAGAGACAGAAUCGAAGGUGUCUGAUCAAGAGGGUUACCUGGAGGACUCCCAUCCAGAAGCAGAGUCCUUCGAGGCAGAUGCUGUGCCUGGGGUCACUGCUGAAGAUCAGAAGCCCGCAGUGGGUGAAAUACCAAAUGAAAUUAUUGGCAACCUUGAGGCGGAGAUAAACGAAAAGCUGCAGAUGCAAGAAGAAGCUUGUACUUUGAGAACAGAAAAAUUAAAAAGUCCAAAAUAGCCGGAUAAGAAAGGUGACGUUGAACUUUACAGAAAUUGGACAGUAGGGGAUGGCACGCACAGAAGACUGGCUCCCUGCCUGAACGUAAUUAUUUUUGUAUAAAGGAAAAUGGUUCUGUUAACAUUUACCUGGAAAUAGUUCAUCCCAGUUCCUCAAAUUUACUGUGCUGUGCCAGUGUUGUUAUUUGGUUAGGACUAAAUUAUAAACAGAAGGAUGUGUAAUUAAAACAUGUUG